AUGUCUGGCGUGUGGGUGUUCAAGAACGGUGUGGUGCGCCUGGUGGAGAACCCGGGGAGCGAGCGGACGUCGACGGUGCGACGGAAGGCGCUGCUGCACACGCCGAGCGGGCAGGUGGUGUCGUCGUACGCGACGCUGGAGGCGAAGCUGACGGCGCUGGGGUGGGAGCGCUACUACGAGGACCCGGCGCUGUACCAGUUCCACAAGCGCGGCUGCCUCGACCUCAUCUCGCUCCCCAGGGACUUCAACCACUUCUCCUCCGUCCACAUGUACGACGUCGUCAUCAAGAACAGGGAAUCCUUCCGCGUCGUCGACGCCUAG